AUGAAUCAUUCGCUAUGGAAAGCUCUUACGUACCACCACGAGAAGGACAUGGAGGAAGAAAGAUAUGGGGAGUCGAACCCCAAAGCACCACAUGGAACCCAGAGAAACGGCCUUACAAUCCAAUGGAGAGAUUCGGCAUGGGCGCUUAUGUCCCUUGGCAGAAGCUUGAUGUGGAUACGUAACUGGGAUACCACUGUAGAGUUGGAGGAGAUGGCUGCCCACGAUAGUUACAAAGAGAUUCACGGGAGGAAUGGUCGAAGAGGUAGCGUGAGAGGAGCAGGCGGGUCGUUCAGAUACGCCUUCUUGCACUUGGAAGUGGUUGGACGAGGGUUAUUUGUUCCCUCCAUCCACCGUGUAUUGACCAUCUACCACGACGCUCGACAGUUCCAUGGCGCGUACAAUCAGGUCUUACCGGUCGCAUUUCCCAGUACACCUGUGCUGGAAUGGCGGCAUAUAUGCGCCCUCCCAUCGAUUCGGCAGAGGAGGCCGGGGCCGAGGCCAUUCGAAAUGCAGUUGUAA